AUGAAGCAAGUAGCAUUUGGAGCAUCACUGGGACCUCGUGGAAUUCAGGGUCCAUAUAACACUGAGAUUACCCUGGUUUACAAGGACGUUUUUGCCAAUGCUGGGAAUGCCUACAACCCAGCAACAGGUAUCUUCACUGCACCAGUGAAAGGAGUCUACUACUUCAGCUUCUCUGGUCAUAAUGUCUCCAGCAAGCCCAUGGGUCUCAGACUAAUGAAGAACGGCCAUCAGAUGGUGACAGUGUACAAUCAUGCUGCAGGUAAUCGCUAUGAGACCGCAACCAAUGGGAUGAACUUGCAGCUAGAGAAGGGAGACCACGUGUACAUGCGGCUUAGGGCAAACACCUGGAUUUUUGAUAAUCAAAAUGACCACAGCACAUUCAUUGGCCAUUUGCUGUUUCCACUGUAA